ACAGACAAUUGAAGUGCGCAAACCAGGGAUUCUUUCUCUCUCUCUUGUCCCACUGGUCUUGGGAGAGGAAGAAGAGAUCCUAAAGCUGUUUAGUCUUUACUUACUAUUUAUAUUUAAAAACAAAAACAAGAAACAAGGAAAUCAAUAUAUACAGAAAGCAAGAUUGAAGAUAUGUGGAUGGCGAGAACCCAAACAGAGAAAAGGGAAGGAUAUGGAAAUGGAUUAGUGGCUGUGGCAAUAGACAAGGAUAAAAACAGCCAAAAUGCCCUGAAAUGGGCAAUCGACCACAUUCUGCAGCGAGGUUCGACGGUUGUUCUGAUCCACGUCAAAACCAAGUCCUCUCAUGGUUACUCCCUUUCUAACUCGAGGGCGAACCAAAUUGCAGAUGCCAGUGGAGAGUGUCCGUUGGUGUGCAAGGAUCCAGAUCCCCACACCAGGGAGCUAUUCCUUCCAUUCCGCUGCUUUUGUACGCGUAAAGAUAUUCAAUGCAAAGAUGUGGUGCUCGAAGAAUCAGACAUAGCAAGAGCUCUAAUUGAAUACGCUAAUCACUCAGCAAUUGAGACUUUAGUCAUUGGUGCUUCCAACAAAUCAGGCUUCCUUAGAAGAUUCAAAGUCACAGACGUGCCAGGUAGCAUUAUAAAGGGAGCGCCCGAUUUUACUACUGUUUACGUCAUAUCCAAAGGGAAGAUUCAAUCCACACGAUCUGCCUCUCGCCCUGCUCCUGCUAACUCUCCUCUUCAUACCCAACUUCUUAAUCAAGGCAGUAUAAAACCAGCUCCUGUGGAGCCAGUUCCCCAGAUACCAUGUAGUAAUAAAAAAGCUAUUGAAAAGCCACCAUUGGAGCAACCUCGAAGAUCCAAUGAUGAGUCUGAGUCCUUCAGGUCCCCCUUCACUAGGAAAGGCAAUACCAAAUCAUAUGGAGAGCUCUGUGUUCCAGAUACUGAUAUUUCUUUUGUCAGCUCUGGCAGACCAAGUGUUGACCGCAUGUUUCCUGCCUUCUAUGAUGUCCUAGAAGUAGGUCGCCCCACCAACCGCCUUUCCAAUGUCUCUGACAUGGACAGUGGCCUUAGCUAUGAAUCCUUGCAGUAUGGAAGGAAAUCAGUAGACUUUGGCUCUCCAACAGAGUUAUCAAUGUCUUACGAGAGUGAUAGGCUAUCCACAGCAUCACAGUCGAUGGAUGACGUGGAAGCCGAAAUGAGAAGGCUAAAGCUUGAGCUCAAGCAAACCAUGGAAAUGUAUAGUACAGCCUGUAAGGAAGCACUCACAGCAAAACAAAAGGCAAGAGAGUUGCAGCUAUGGAAAAUGGAAGAAGAGCGGAGAUUAGAAGAGGCACGACUAGCUGAGGAGGCUGCAUUGGCAAUUGCAGAACAGGAGAAAGCUAAAUCCAGAGCAGCCAUUGAAGCUGCUGAGGCAGCUCAGAGGAUAGCAGAAAUUGAAGCACAAAAAAGAGUUAAUGCAGAAAUGAAAGCACAUAAAGAAUCAGAAGAGAAAAAAAAGGCACUUGAUGCUCUCGCACAUUCAGAUGUUAGAUACAGAAAGUAUACUAUAGAGGAGAUUGAAGCUGCAACAGAAUUCUUUUCAGCAACUCGCAAGAUUGGGGAGGGAGGUUAUGGACCUGUAUACAAGUGUUAUCUAGACCAUACACCGGUGGCAAUUAAGGUUUUACGUCCAGAUGCAGCUCAAGGAAGGUCGCAAUUUCAACAAGAGGUUGAGGUGCUCAGUUGCAUAAGACACCCUAACAUGGUCCUUCUCUUGGGAGCCUGUCCAGAAUAUGGAUGCUUAGUGUAUGAGUACAUGGCCAAUGGUAGCUUAGAGGACCGUCUCUUUCGACGAGGAAACACUCCAGUUCUGUCUUGGCAGAUGAGGUUCCGAAUUGCAGCUGAGAUAGGAACUGGAUUGAUGUUCCUACACCAAACAAAACCAGAGCCACUGGUGCACCGCGACCUAAAGCCUGCCAACAUCUUGCUUGACCGCAACUUUGUGAGCAAGAUUAGUGACGUUGGGUUGGCGAGGCUCGUACCGCCAUCGGUGGCUGACACUGUGACGCAAUAUCGCAUGACAUCCACCGCCGGGACUUUUUGCUAUAUAGAUCCAGAAUAUCAGCAGACAGGCAUGCUGGGCAUAAAGUCAGACAUAUACUCCCUUGGGGUCAUGUUUCUACAGAUAUUAACAUCCAAACCGCCGAUGGGGUUGACUCACCAUGUAGACCGCUCCCUUGAUAAGGAUACGUUUGCCCAGAUGCUAGAUCCAGCAGUCCUCGAUUGGCCAAUUGAAGAGGCCAAGUGCUUUGCAAGACUAGCUCUCAAGUGUGCAGAGUUAAGACGGAAAGACAGACCAGACCUUGGCACGGUCAUAUUGCCAGAACUCGAGAGGUUGAGAGCGAUUGCAGAAGAAGCCAUGCGUCCGGAAUUGCCAACCAAUGGUCCUGGCCACUCUCGCAGCUCCAGCCAAGUUUCUGUCCAACUAAGCGAUGCAAACUUGUCUGAUGUAAGCUCAAGAAAUCCUUCGAAUACUGUAGAAUCACAGACAUGAUUGAUCCGGCUAAAAGGGGGAAAAUGUGUUCAUGAUUUAUCUGAAUCAUGAAUAACCUCUUUAUGCAAAGGUUUUUAUUUCCCAACAUGUACAGAGAAUCAAGAGACAUCCCAAGGUUCAUGAGGAUGGACAUGAUUUUUUCCAAAAAAAAAAAAAAAAACAAAUUUUAUUCCUUUUUUUUUUUUCUAAAAAAAAAAAAACUACGGUCUUUGUUUUAACUUAGCGAAAGCUUUUGAAUUACCAAUUCUCUUCUCAUCUUCGCAAACAUAGAAGAUAAGUACUACGAGGAAGAGGCUGGCAAAGAGCUUAAAUUUGUAAAUUGAGACAAAAAUUGACAUUUCUAGUAAUAGGUAGCAACAGGCAUGAAGAUCUGCAUUUAUGGUACGAUAUAUUAGAAAUUUAUACAUUUUA